AUGAGUGGUGGUUCGUGGGCUGAUCCACGUUUCCAAGUAAUUGGUAGAAUACCUACUGAGUGGGCUUGGUGUCUUCUACCGCAUGUGAGAGACAAAAAGGUUAGGCUAGAAGGGAGAUGCAAGUCGAUGCCUGAAGCAUUAGGCAUUAUGGAUACGAUUCUUCUUUCAGUAAGCGUGUAA